GGCUUCCCGGCUGCGGCGCCCGCGGACGGGAGAUGGCGGAAGCCCCGGGCUCGGGGCGCCGCUCGCGGUACAAAGCGGUGGGCUCGCCGCCGUGGAAGGAGGCUUUCCGGCAGGGAUGCCUGGAGAGAAUGAGAAACAGCCGGGACAGGCUCCUGAACAGAUACCGCCAGGCUGGAGGCAACAUGCCAAGCAGAGCUCAGAACCCUCUUCUGGUGCAGGAGGUGAUGGAAGAAGAGUGGAGUGCUCUGCGGGCCGGGGACAGCUGUCCAGAGGCCUUGACCCAGUUGGAGGAGCUGCUGGAUCUGGCUGUGCUCGAGGAGAUCCAGCAGGAGCUAGCUGACCAAGAACGGCGCCUCCUCAGCGAGUACGAGAAGAGCCUGCAGUUCGACGAGCACUGUCUCAGCGUCAUGCUGGCCGAGUGGGAGGCGAACCCCCUCAUCUGUCCCGUGUGCAUGAGGUCCAACCUGAGAGUGUCAGGCGGUGUGGUCACGUGUCCGUGUGGCCUCUCCCUCUCCUCGCACUCUCCAGGGUUGACGGAGCAAAAGCUUCGAGCCUGCUUAGAGGACUGCGUGAAUGAGCACGGUGCACGCUGUCCGCACACACCUGAGUUCUCGGUCACGGAUGGGACGGAAGAAAAGCCCAGUCUUCUCAUGAGCUGUGUGGACACCCAGAGAGGCCGUGCCGUGCGGGCUUGCUGGAAGAAAACAGGAUGGCGUCAGGUCGCCGAGGGAGGGAGGGCCUACAGCUACCAGACGGCUGGACGGUGGGGCAGGAAGCAGUGGGAUUGCCUGCGUGCUGUGGGCCCCGUGAUGUCAUCAUGAGGUGGGUGUGGGCCUAGCUACUGGGGACAGCAGGCAGACUCUGACCGGAGUGGGUGUUGGGACCCCUGCCGUUCCCUGCUCAGUGGGGGCCUCGGUGGGGCCCUGCCGGCCUCUGGGUGGGGGGCAGGGAGCACAGCGGGUGGAGUUUAGGAACAGGUGGCCACUCCCUUUACUCCAGACGCACCCCCGGAGCCUCGAAUACGCAGGGUCUCCGGCCCACACGCUCUAGGUCCCGCGGCUCUGGGUCUGAAAGACCUUUGGCUCCGGGAUGAUUUGCAGACGUGUUUAGUGAGCCCGGCUGGGCACCACAUCCUGGAGGCCUGACUCCUGCUCUCCCUGGGCUUGAGGCUGUGUCCCCGCAACACUAUCACAGGGACCCGCCUGUGCACUUGUCCUAUGUGGCAAGAUCACACACAGGUGUGUCCUCCCAGCCCCCGGCCCAGAGGCAAGCCCCUCGUGUGCGUGCAGAUGGGGGUUCAGGUGGGGAGUGGGGACAGCGGAAAGCACAGGUCUGGGGGCAAAGGAUCCUUACGGACCCCAGCCCAAUCCCAGGGUCCCCUCCCUGGAUGGCCUGGGCCCCGCAGCUCUGAGCAGUGGGAUUAGUAGCGCCGGGAGGGACGACAGGGAGUCACAGCAAAGAUGAGACAGGAGUGAGGGAGGGGCAGAGGCAUCCAUCAGUGUCUGAGGUCACUAGGCCUCUGGUUUCACUUCCGGGGACUCGGGUUCAGAGUGGAUGUGGAGGAGCGGGUGCAGGUUACCGUGAGGACGUGGCCAGGUGAGGUGUGGUCACAGGACGGAGUGCGCCAGAGCUGGGAUGUCAGCCGUGCGGGCGGGCGGCCUCCUCUGUGUGGUGGUGGGGAUCGAGGGAGACCACUUUGUGCUCCGACGAGCCCCGACUGUGGGGGAGACCCCGGAAGGCGUGCUGGCACGUGCGGGCGGUAGGCUCAGGUUCUGCCUGCAGCAGGCAUGCCCAUCCAUCCCAGGUUCAGGCGACAGAGCCUCACCUCCCUGCGAGGCCGUGAGAAGCCACUGGUGACCUGCGGGGGAGGCUGUUCGGAGUCCGUGUCUGGGACCUGCUUCGAGCUUCCGGCACACGUACCACUGUCCUGGGACUAGAGGGUCGGGUCCCACGUGCAGACACCCCACCAAGGCCACCUUGUGAUGGCAUCUGAAUGCCACCCCGUCGUCCCUGCUGAUGAGACCUGGACAGCAUGGAGAUGGUGUGUGUGACCGGGACUCUCUUCUG